AAGUCACAACUCAUAAGUCACAUAGCCAGCGUUGCUUAUAGUCUGUUUAUAUGGCAUACACAGAGCUUAUUCGAUUUCGACCGCAACAUUCUUAAAUUAUAUUUAAAAAAAUUGUCGAAUAAAUGAUUUGGUAACUGACGAAUAACAAUGUUGUGGAUUUAUUUACAUUAAUGUCGCCUAAACCAAUUUAUCCGGACAUCUACAGGAAGCCCGAAAGCACAAGUGAAAAUAAAAUGCCUUUUAUUAAUAUCAAGAAACAAUAUCUAGCAGUCGGAAUGUUAGUUUUCGUAGCAUUGUUUUUUUUCAAUAGCCGACCAGCUUUCCAAUGUCAAUUUGCUCAGGAAGUGGCCACAUAUUAUCCUACGAUAUAUGGGAUUACCCCGACGUAUGCAAGACUUGCUCAAAAGGCCGACCUUACAAGAUUGUCACAAACAUUGAUGCUAGUGAAGAACUUUCAUUGGAUAGUUAUAGAGGAUUCUGAAACUAAGACUAAGUUAGUUGAAAACCUACUCAAGGAAUCCACUUUAAAAUACACACACCUUAAUGUGAAAACUCAAAAGUCAAAGCUUUCCACGGCUAGCGGAGUGGAACAACGGAAUAUCGCUUUGAAUUGGCUUCGGGAUCAUUUAAGGAAAGUUGAAGACAAGAGGGGUGUUGUUUACUUCAUGGAUGACGAUAAUACAUAUUCAUUGAAAGUCUUCGACGAGAUGAGGAAAAUUAAGAAAGUUGGAACUUGGCCCGUUGGUAUAGUGGGAGGUAUGAGGGUAGAAAUGCCACUUGUUACUAAUGGCAAGGUGUCAGGCUACAACGCUGUUUGGAAGCCUUACAGACCAUUCCCCAUAGAUAUGGCUGGUUUUGGAAUCAACGCAACACUGUUCUUAGAUCAUCCUGAGGCGAAAUUCUCCAGAAAAGUUCAAUCUGGAUUCCAGGAGAGCGAAAUAUUGAAAUACUUUACAAGCAAAGAGGAAUUAGAGCCUCUGGCUGAGAAUUGCACCAAAGUGUACGUUUGGCACACGAGAACCCAGAAACCAUCUAUAUUGAAUCCAAAGAAACUAAAGCAUCCGCCCUUACCCGACGAUCAUAUCGAAGUCUGAUUUCAUUGUAACAUUUGAAUCCUACUAUUGAGCGUUGAACGCAACUGAAGCUAUUUAAAGUAUGUAAUUGAUAUUUCGAAUCCACUUUCGAGACAUCAUAAUCUUUCAAAACAUGAACUUUUCGGGACAUCAGAAUUUUUCGAGUACUCGAGAGCGGAUCGCGUUGUCUUGAACGUGACAUUAAUUUAAAUGACAGUAUUUUUAAUGCAACGGUGCAUUGUAUGUUAUAUUUCAUGUAUGUAACCAUUUAUUUGGUAAUUGUACUAUGGUAACCUUGACUUAGCAAUAAUUAUUGAAUCUAUACAUGUAUAGGAGAUUUUUUAUAUUUAGAUAUUAGUAAAUUAAACUGGUCUCGCUUUAUUUAUUGGAACGAUAUUAGUAUUUUGUCCAGUCUAGAUUUAUUUCUUUAUAAUUAUACGACUAAUGCUCAGAAAAUUUAUUCACGUGACAGUAAUGUGAAACAAAUUUUUAAAUCGAAAUAGUCUCGAGUCCUAGUAGUUGUAAAAAAUACUCAAUAAACAUAUAAUAAUAUGAAUAUGAUCAAAUAUAUAAUAUGGCGUGUUUUAUAUUAAAAAAAUAAUAAUAGUAAUUUAAGAAAGUUCUGAUGGCAACAUACGUCGGCUCUUAAAUUGAUUUGAUACAUAAAUUCAUCUUGUAUCAGUGAAAAUGUGACGACAAAAUUAUUACAAAAAAAAUUAUGUGUCAUUAUACUAGAGCUUUGAAUAAUUUGAACAAAAAAUUAAAUGCAAUAAUAGUGUGUAAUAAACGUAGGUAAUUUUUUUUAAAUUUAAUAGUCACAAAUAUACGUUAUAUUAUUUUUAAUAAACAACCUAACCGUGAAUAAUAACUUCAUGGAAUAGAACCUCAUUUUGACGCAUUAUUUAAAAAAAAAAUGUUUUUUUUACAUAUACAAUUUUUUUAUACGAUUUCUUAAUUGAUUAACCGAUUUUGAUCAGCCUUGCUAUUUCAAUAGUUUAUACUCAAGAUACGAUUUGAAUUAAAGUAAAUUUAACCAUCAAUGUAUCAAAGUUAAUUUAUAUUUUUGUUAUCUUAUUUUUUUUUAUUUUCAUUUUUUUUUUAAAUCAAUUGUAUUUUUUCUGUUCAAUAUUAUUUCACGUAAGAAACAUCUUAAGAGCAAUAUGUUACAAAGUAUAUUUAUCCUUAUAUUUGUUUGUAUGUUUUGAUCGUCUUAGCUUAAAACAGACAAGUGAAUAUUCUUUAGGACUUCCCUAGGCCUAAAUCUAGUGUUAAAAGUAUUAAAUUAAUAAAAAAAAACAUGUAUUUCCUACCCUACAUUCCUCUUCCAAAUUGUAUCUUUAAUUUAAUCUAAAAAUAUAUGUUCUGACUAAAAUCAUCUGGUUAUGAUUGAUUUAAAGCAUUUUAAUGUUUGUAAAUUUUAUGUACAUCUAUAUUAAAUACAAACACUAUACAUUAAUAUAUAUAUAUAUAUAUAUAUACACACACACACACACAGAGCUGUAUUUUGUAAUAUGCUUAUAAUUUUUAUUCCACUUCAAUUGCAAGUUAAUUGUCAAAGAUACAUAAUAGAUGUUAUAAAGUUUUAUAGAAAUAAAUUAAAGACUCAUUUGUUAUAUUUAUAAUCAAAAUUAUUGGGUAAUUGUAAUAUGUAUAUAUAUAUAUAUAUAUAUAUAUAUAUAUAUGUAUAUAUGUAGAUUCGUUUGUCUCAGUGAUAAAUUAUGAUGCUCAAUUUGGUGUAUGAUGUUUUUAGUCGGAAUCAUUGUUUGGUAUUUUUCUUGUGAUUAUAUAUAUUUUUUUUAAUAAUCUUCGAAACAUUAUUUACAAUGUGUUUUAAAUUAAUUUACCAGUGUUUUAUUUAUGUAGAUGAGGUAAAUAUUAAUUUUAUAUUCCAACUAGCUUUAAUGGGUGCAUAAUAAUGACUUAAUGGUAACAACUGUCGGUCUAAAACUGAACUGUGAAUGUA